CACGGAUUUAGAGGACAACGACCAAGCGUGGCUUGUUCCUCCUCCUGGGGCGGGCGCCCAAGGGGAGCCACGAGUGAGGCCUGUCCUGGAAAAGGGGCUGGCCGGAAGAGGUUCCUCCUGCUGCUGUUGCUGCUGCCUCGCGGCCCGGCCAGAAGAGCCGUCGGCGGGGGAGGCGUGCCUGCCCGCGGCGUCCUCUCCAUGGAGCCGGAGGCGCUGCGGUUGUUCCAGAGCCUGGUGGAGCGCGCGGGCGGGCGGCAGCGGCUGCUCCUGGUGGGCGAGGCGCGCGAGGGCGAGGCGCCGCCGCGGGCCCUGCUGGAGACCUUCGCGCGGGACCUCUUCGCCGAGCCCGAGCUGGGCAGGGAGCGGGAGCAGGAGCAGCCCGUGGCGCGCCGGGUGCGAGUGUGCGUCGGCGGGGGUUGCCGCGUCGGCAGCGGCUCUGGGCGGCCGUGGCUGGCGUGCCCGCUCCUCUUCGUGCUGUUCUGGGCGAGCUCGCUGGUGCAGCCGCGCUGGCGCCGGGAGCGGCUCCGCUUGCGCGAGAUCCUCCGCGACGUGCGGAGCCACUUGUCCUCCGGCCGUCGUUUCCGCGGCCCGGCCGCUCCGGCACCCGUAACCUGGCCCGCCGUGGUCGGCGUGGUGGUGAUGCCGCCGCCGGGAGAGCCGCUGCCGGCUUGCCACGCUGCGGAGCCCGCGGCGCAAGCCGAAGCCGACGCCCGCCUGCAGCUGGAGGCGCUACUGGCGCAAGUCUUCCGAGAGCGGCGCCCGGCGGCGCAGGAGACGCUGCAAGCCGCCGCCUACAGUCCGGGGGGCGCCCCGGGGGCCAACGAGGUUAGGGUCGCCGCCUGCCGGGCGCUCAAGGCCGCCCUCAAGCUCCGCGCAGGUGUGUGGGGCGGGGGUGCUCAACGGGUUGCCGAUGGGGCAGAAGCCAAGGAGCAGAGGCCCCCUGCCUUCCUGCAGUGUCUCCCCUGGGGCAGAAGGAGCCGGCGGAAGAAUGGGCACCUUGGUACAGAUGCAAACAACUUGAAUGAAGAUGGCUUGCAAGACCCAGAAGAAGGUGUAGCUUUGACCAACGUGGCACCCAAUGGGAAUUGUCAAGAAACCUGUGGAGGGGCAUCCAAUUAAGAACUACUGGAGGAAUCUUCUAAUUGCUGCUAUAUUGGGCUGAAACUGCCCUUCCUCUGCCCUGAAAGAAAAGGAUCAAGGUCAGGGAUCUUCCCAAUACACAGUUUGGGGACACCACCUUGAAGUCCACCUGUUGGCUCUUUUGGAGAAGCUACUUUCCCUUUGUUUCAGUCCAAGAACCUUCUUAUAGCAGGGCCCACAGAGGCAGCUCUGCUUGGUAUCAGCCAAGUAAAGACGGGUGACUUUCCCCACCAGUAUCUACACUGGAACGAUGUCAGAUGCUUGAGGCUCGCAUUUGGUGGGUCGCAUCAUUUUCACGGACAACAGUGGGCAUUGUACUACAGUGCAUGAACAUCUUGUGCUUACAGAGUUUGACAUCUUGGGGUUUCUUAUUUUAAUGGAAUCAUUCUCUUUAGAUGUGAAAUAUGUGGUGGGAAAAUAUUUAUGAGCUUAGAAGUUGUUAUACUUGGGAGGAAAGAGAGGAACAAUUCUGGUGCUUUAAACAACUUCUCCCUCUUAUCCACCUUGAAUUGUGUUUACCACUGCAAAGAGGGUCUGGCCAGAUUCUUACUGUGUGGGACCAUAUGUAGCAAAUGUGGGCACACUCACAUCUCUAGUUAUUUUUGCACUUGUAACGUACUGUGGACCUUCUACAGAUACUAUUCAAGGCUACAGCACAUUUUCGGUAAACAGGGCCCAAAGUAUGUAUUACAUAUCUACUGCCCUCCUAGGAGAGCAUUCCUAGAAGUCUUCCUUCAUGGGUCUGUCCUCUUUUUCUAUGAUUUGCUUAAAUCUUGGGGGUCUUGGGAGCAGGACCCCAUCCCAUACCUGCAGAGGCAGAAAAUAACAGAGCUUAGACAAAUCUUCAACAUCCACAAGAAUGUGUUGGAGCCCCAAAAACCUGUCAUCCACAGAAACCUCUGAGAAUCUUGUUUCUAGUCUUCUGGAAGGAAAUUAUAUUCCUCCUCUGAACAAAAUAACUUCAUUGAAAGGGGCACCAGCUGGAUUUUGCUUGUUAGGUUGCUUUUCGCUACAAGCAGUGACUCUUUAGCAGAUUAUUGCUGGAGGUUUUUGUAGCUCGUGCCUUCUCUGGGUCCAAACAUGAAUGGGUGAAAACACAGCAACAGAGAAGGAGAGAUUGUCAUCACUUUGUUGUUGUUGUUGCUAAUGGAGCUACUUGGUUUGCUUUACAGGAAUCCCGGGUGGGCCCUUAGUCAACAGCCUGUGAUAACAGUCUGGAAUCCAGUGCUUCUUGUGAUCUAACAUUUAAAAAUAUCCUAUUCCCUGUGAACUGUUUGUACUAUAGACAUGUGGGCAGUGGAGGCUGAUCCAUUAGGGCAAAUGGUGUGUGCCCCCCCCCAACCACAGCCAGCCCUCGCCUACCUGCCCUCUUACAGUCCAGUCCAGGGGCUGAUCCCCUUUGUCAUUUUCCUCCUCAGUCUCAGUGUUGCUCCGCGUAGAACUCAGGAGGGAGGAGGAGGAGGUUGGGGACACAAUUAGAAAUAAUUGGCUCUGCCUCUGAUUGGCUCUGGCUCCACCUACUGUUGGGCUCCUUGCCUUCCGCCCUGGCUGUCCCAGUGGGUGCCAGCCACCACUGUAUGUGGGCAGACGUCUUAAGAUCUUGUAAGCUAGUGCAUGUUAUAAAAAUUGCAACAAUGACAAGAACACACUAAAAUUCCAUGUGUAUGAAUUGCAGCUGGUGUAUGCCUCAGUGUUAGAACUCAGUUAUUUGAUUUUUUAAACCCUGAUGGGUUUUGCAAAUUUUGCAGCACAGUCCUAUGGAAGUGUUGGUGGAACUUCUCUGAGGUGCAUGUGUGUAUUGCAUUGCAGCCCAAAUCUUCAGUUUAGCUAAUAUUACUGUCAUGAACCACUGUCUGGUUCAGUCCCAGGACCCAAUUCCCAAACCCAGGGUAAUUGAUCCUGGCAAGGCACAGACCCGUGCCUCCCUUACCAGGGCUCUGUAAACCAACACCAACCCUGCAAGGUAGGUAGACUACCACCACCCCUUAAACUGGUCACCCACUCUUGGCCAAGGGAAAACACAAAAUGCCAGAAAUAGACCUGCCAAGGAUUCCAACAGACAAGAGCCAAAGGUGCACUCUUUGUCUUAGAGCCUUAGACAAAAUAUCCAGUUAUAUGGUGGUAAAGUAGCCAAGGUGCUGGAUUCAGAGCCACACUACUCCUGCACUGAACACACACUGGUAAAUAAGAAGUAGCUUUGUUAAAUAAAAUAUAAGUGCAUAAAAAUAGCAAUAAAAUUAUUCCUUAAAACCCACACCCUGGAGGACCAGAUAGAAUAUAGAGAGUUACAGUCACAAAUAAAACAACAAAACUGUGUAGCCUGUUCUAUACAUACAAAGAGGUAAACACUUCAUGGUUCCACGUCUCCCUAGAGAUGUAUAGUCUGGAAAACGGAACCCCACACAGAUAACACCAAUAGGCAUUAUGGGACCCAGGGGAAGAAAGGCUAAAGUUUGAAUCCUAUACUUACAGGGAAAUGCCCAGCAACAGCCAGAAAUUAAUUAGCCAGUCAGGGGGCUUUCAGAUGAUGAAAUGCUAUUUGGAGUUUGCGCGCCUAACAGUCACAUACUCCCCAAACCUUCCCAGGCUUUUCUGUGGUCUUGAUGUACCAGUCUCCACUGAUCAGCAGGUGUUCUUGCUUGCAGCCUAAUUAACUAGCUUCAGCUGCCAGAACUGCCGAGUCAUACCUCUCACAAGCCCCAUUUUGAGCAAGAUGUUUCCCCCCACAAUUCUUUGCCUCUGAGCCAUUUUAGAAAUCAGGCGUUCUUGACAAUUACAGUUUCUGCUUUUGCCAUGGUUGCCAUUUUGUCUUUACCUAGGUUCUGUACAAAACUGUGCUGCAGCUGGAGAUUAGAGUUUUUGGGGUGUGUUUUUUUUGUAAAAAUUCAGUUUCUGAUGUUAACAGGUGAUGUAGAUUUUCUGGACAGCUUUGAAUUGGCAAACUUUUGGAGGAGCUUUCCCAUGAAAUUUAAGCUAAUUUGCAUUGGAAGCUUUACUUGUUGCCCUCCAUAGUGGUCUUAAUUUAGCAUGGCUGGUUUGCGUGUGUUUCGUAAACCAAGCCAAACACUUUGAAACUGCCAAGAUUGCCUAAUCCAGUAUUUUCAGUUGGCAUCCAUUCAUUUUUUCUAAUGAACUUAUGAAAUGGAAAAACUUUCUGCUGAAAAAUAAAGUGCUGGGGAAAAAAUUCCACCCGACAUCACUGAUAUUAACCAUUUUUAAACAAAUGGUGGCAGCUAAAGAAUUACUUACAGGCUGUGCUGGGCUUUCAUUUGCAAGGCAUGCCUCGCGACAGCUUCCCCCAGCCUGGAGCCCUGCAGAUGUACAACUGCCUGUUUUAUCUGUGGUAGUUCUUAAUUUGCAAUGUUUGUUUUUACUAAAUUUUUGUUGUAAAUUGUGGCUUUAAUAUAUUGUGUGCUGGCCUUGGGACUCUUGGGUGACAGGCAGACUACAAAUACCCUUCAAUAUUUAUGGCUGCGCUGGCUAGGGCUGAUGGGAGUUCUAGUCCAAAACAUGUGGAGGGCCAGGGGUUCGGGAAGGCUUUCUUGGGACAUCCCCAGUCCUGCAGUGAACAGCAGCCUGUGUCAGGGGUGGUGAGACCAAGGCCACAUCCACACCAGACAUUUAUUCUACUUUAAACAGUCAUGGCUUCCCCCAAAGAAUCAUGGGAAGUGUAGUUUGUGAAGGGUGCUGAGAGUUGUUAGGAGACCCCUAAUCUCACAGAGCUACAGUUUGCCAAAGGUUUAAUAGCCACUUCCUCUUCUCAGAAAACUCUGAGAAUUGUUGCUCUGUGAGGGGAACAGGAGUCUUAAUAGCUUUCAGCACCCUUCACAAACUACAUUUCCCAGGAUUCCUUGGGGGAAUCUAAGGGUGCUUUCACACUGCACUUUAUUCCGUUAGUCUGACAAUUUCUUACCUGGUAAUUUGUGCAUUAUAUUUGACCCUUCACACGAAGCACAAGCUAGCUCCAGAAUUCUAGUGGAAUGUAGUGGAAGUUCAGCGCAAAUUUCCGUGAUAAAUGAUACCAGAAAUAAUCUGCUAGCUAGGCUGGGAACCCGGAAGAAAGCUGGAGUUCUUCGCUUAGUUUCAGCUGCUCACAUGACAGACAUCCCAGCAUGCAGUGCGUUCCCGCCCUUUAGUCAAGCAGGGUUUGGGGUGUUUUUGCCUGAUGAACGCUGUACCGGUAUUCCGGCAUUGGCAAAGAUAGCAGCAGCAUUUCCCCCAUACACCCCUGUCUUAAUACAACUAAAACAAUUUUAAAAGUCAGAUUGAAUUGAAUUGAAUUGAAACUUUAUUUUUACCCCCGCCCUUUUUCCAAACUGGAACUCAGGGCGGCUUACAAAUAGAACUUACAUGUAGUUAAAAAAUAGAAAAACAUACAAUUAAAAUACAAUUAAACUAUGCACAACCUUAAAACCGUAAAAGGCACUUAAAAAUCUAAACAUAAUUUAAAAUAAUAAUAUGAAACAAUAAAACAAGCCUUGUAAAACCCAAUCCUAAACACCUUCUAUCCCAAAAGCCUGUCGGAAUAAAAAAGUCUUUACUUGCCGACGGAAGGAUGGCAAGGAGGGGACCAUUUGUGCCUCCCUAGGAAGGGAGUUCCAGAACCUAGGAGCAGCCACCGAGAAGGCCCUAUCUCGCGUCCCCACCAAUCGCACUUGCGAGAGUGUUGGGACUGAGAGAAGGGCCUCUCCUGAAGAUCUCAGGGCCCGGGCAGGCUCAUAUAAGGAUAUACGGUCUGACAAAUAGCCUGGACCUGGGCCGUAUAGGGCUUUAAAGGUCAAAACCAGCACUUUGAAUUGUGACCGGAAACAAACUGGCAGCCAGUGGAGCUGUUGUAACAAGGGAGUUGUAUGGUCCCUGUAACCAGCCCCUGUUAAUACUCUGGCUGCAGCUCUUUGUACCAGUUUAAGUUUCCGAACAGUCUUCAAAGGCAGCCCCAUGUAGAGUGCAUUACAGUAGUCUAAACGGGAUGUAACUAAGGCAUGCAUCACCAUAGUCAAACCAGGCAUUUCCAGGAACGGGCGCAGCUGGCGCACUAGUCUUAACUGAGCAAAGGCACUCCUGGCCACGGCUGAGACCUGGGCCUCCAAGUUCAGAGCUGAGUCCAGGAGCACACCCAAACUGCGAACCUGUGUCUUCAGGGGGAGUGUAACCCCAUCCAGCACAGGCUGAAUCCCUAUUCCCUGAUCUGCCCUUCGACUGACCAGGAGCACCUCUGUCUUGUCUGGAUUUAGUUUCAGUUUGUUCGCCCUCAUCCAGUCCAUCACUGAUGCCAGGCACUGGUUCAGGACCAGGACAGCUUCCUUGGCUUGAGGUGGAAAGGAGAAAUAGAGUUGGGUGUCAUCCGCAUACUAAAGGGAGAGGGCUUGCAUGAUGAUGGGACAAGAUCUUAGACCUACACAGUGGGGAACUGUGCAUGGGUGUGGGACGAAAACAAGCCGUGUGAAAGACCGUUGCUCGAAAUGCCGGUAUAUCGGCUGAAAAGGUACUGCAGUGUGAAAGGGAUUUUAGAAAUUGGGACAGAAGCACUGUCUUUUUAAUCUGUUAAACGUAACGCAAUCAGCCCCAUAUGUGAAAGCAGCCUAGGACUGUUUAAAGUGGAAUAAUAGUGGAAUAAAUGUCUGGUGUAAAUGUGGCCUAAUUGGCUUUUGAGACCCCUCCUCCUCUGCUGCCCCGUAAGUGCAGGCCAGCCACUUUGCUUUUUGCUAUGCAGUUGUCUUUGCUGAAAUAGGAUAAAAUUUACCUACCUCAAGAGGGGCGUUAGCCGCACAAACAGGGCAUGGGUGGCUGGGCUGAAAUUAUGGAAGGUGCAAGGCUGAGGGGGAGCGGAUUAGGGAGGGCCCCAGUCUGGCAAGCUCUCCGAUGCGCGCGCGCGUGCGUGCGUGCGUGUGAAAGAGUGAGAGAGAAAAAGCGUAUUUGAACCCUGCCCCUCGGUUCUUAGUUGUGCAGUGUUCUUGCACAAUUCAGCGGGUGUGGAUCAGAGCUUGGCAAAAUUAUUGUUUUGAACGACAACUCCCAUCAGCCCAGUCCAGUGGCUAUGCUGGCUGGGGCUGAUGGGAGUUGUAGUUCAGAAAAAGUAACUUUGCCACGCUCUGCUCCAGAUGUUGAGUAUGCCACUAUGUUUAAGGAUUUUGGUAGGUACCAGAUUGUUUCCCAUCCUGAUACGGUAGUGAUGGGAGAAGUAAUAUCAAAAGGAGAAUUCUGCCAGGUGAAAUGCAAAGUUCAAGAACCCCUUUGAAGAAAUGGUGAUAUCUCUUUGAGCUUCAUCGCGCACACACUGACAUAUCCUUCAUUGAUAUAACUGAAUUUGCCAGGAUUCUCUCUGUCUCUGACUGCCAUGCAAAUAGAAAUACAGGGCCCCACUCAUACAACGGGUUAUGUUCCGGACCCCCGCUGUAAAGCGAAAACCGCUGUAAAGCAGAACUUAUUGACUAACAUUGACCCAAAUGGCGCCCGAUGGCAAAAAAACGCCGUAAAAGCGGAACAAGCGCUGUAAGAGCGGGGCCUCUCUGCAAUUGACAACCGCUGCAUUAGCAGAACGCUGUAAAGCGAAGCUCUGUAAAGCGGGGCCCUACUGUAGAACAAAUGUACAGUACCGUAGAGAGAGAGUUUGUACCUCCUCCGUCCCUGCCAAUGGAACUCUUCUGUCUCUUACCAGAUGUGAUAAGCAAAGAAUUUAGAUAAAGCCUCUCUCUGCAUCCCUGUACUAAGGGAAACCUAACCCUGUUGUGUUUCUGCCUGCCCCACAGAUGUCAAAGGCACAGGAGCCUUGGCAAUGAAAAAUAUGGCAACCCUAAAACUAAUUCCUGGGGUGGAGAUAGGGACUGUGCUUCACAGCAUAGCCAAAAUGACUUCAACCUCUAGGAAUCGAAGGUAACCUCCAAGUGCUCAUUCCAAAGAGUUAAUCUGCAAAAAGAGUCCUUGUUCCAUAUUUCCCUAUAUUAUAAAGCAGGUCUUUCAACUGGUCUUUUAAUUUUUAACAUUUUUUUUUAGCUUGAGCAGCCACGAAUGUAGUUGUCCCAGCCAUUAAUCAUCAUAGAUUCACAACUGCUGAAGUUUCUUUUAGCUAUAUAUCCAUACAGACAUGCUAACUCAUCCUCCAGUCAGGAGUGGGUCAUACCCCCAUGCUCAUUGGGUCUUGCAUCCAUUUGGAUGGGAUUCACUUGUCCUCUACAUAGCACACGCACAUCCUUCUUGCCAUCGGUUGCGUUUCUUGACCUGUUGUGGUUUGCUGCGUACGUAGAAUACAUUGGCUUGUAUUAUCCAGUGUAAUGCUAACAAAAUUGCUGCUUACUCAUAAAUAUGCAUUACCCAUCUGCAGCACCACCAGCAAAGUGCUAUAUUCCUUAAGCGGCUGGGGGUAAGGGGUGGGCAGUAGUUUAGUUAGUACAAAGAUUUAUGCUUGUGCUGUGGAACCUACCUCCGUGUGCUUCCCCUUAACCUGGCCUGGGAUUUCCCCCAACCCUCUGGAGCAGAUAUGGGGAAGUCAUGGGGCAUGGGUGUGGGUGGGUGGCUUGGGGUAGGAAGCUGGGGAAGUUCCAUUGUGUAAGUGUAAAUCCUUGCGCUAACUGAACAAGUGCAUUGGACACAAAGCCCUAUGAGGAGAGACUGAAAGACCUGGGCAUGUUUAGCCUGGAGAAGAGAAGACUGAGGGGAGAUACGAUAACACUCUUCAAGUACAUGAAAGGUUGCCACACAGAGGAGGGCCGGGAUCUCUUCUCGAUCGUCCCAGAGUGCAGGACACAGAAUGAUGGGCUCAAGUUACAGGAAGCCAUAUUUCGACUGGACAUCAGGAAAAACUUCCUAAUUGUUAGAGCCAUACGACAAUGGAAUCAAUUACCUAGAGAGGUAGUGGGUUCUCCGACACUGGAGGCAUUCAAGAGGCAGCUGGACAGCCAUCUGUCGGGAAUGCUUUGAUUUGGAUUCCUGCAUUGAGCAGGGGGUUGGACUUGAUGGCCUUAUAGGCCCCUUCCAACUCUACUACUCUAUGAUUCUAUGACACCACCCACUUCAUAUUCCCCCCUCCUGAGGAAUGCCAAUUCAUAUUUGGUCCACAAAGGUUUGUGCCAGAUUAAAUGUGGGUGUUCCAAAUUUAAGUAGAUUGGAGUGCUAAAAAGGUAUUUAAUUCUGACAUGCUGGUUUUUCUUCCCCUGCUCCCAGUGUCCUUCAUGCAGGCCAAGGAGUAUCAUGUUCUUCAAAGGGUUCUGAACAACCCGGCAGGAUGGGGGGAGAGCUAAGACAAAGAAUGGGGAUGAGGAUGGAAUGAGAGAGAGAGAGAGAGAGAGAGAUGGGAUCCUUUGUUGUCUGACUGGCUGUAAGGUUGGCGCCUUUCCCUUCUGCCCCUCAGGAAACAUUAAUGUGAUGGUAACAUUAAGUUUCUCCAUAUUAUUUUACUCUGUAAUUGCAGCCAAAGUAUUAUGUGACAUUUAACUUGGUGGGUGAGUUUGGGAACAGUUGUUAUCUCUAAUGUUUGAAGCAAAGAAUAAUUGAUGGAAUUUAAAAAAAAUCUUAAAUCCUGCCUCGUCAAAGCUCAUUAUUUUAUGACCCUAGCCAUCUUGUAACCUUCCCUCCCUUGAAAUGUUAUAGUCUUAUGUCUUAACAAUCGUAUCUUAUAAUAUGUUUUAACAAUUUUAUAUUGUAUUUUCUUAUCCCAUUUUAUUGCAUUUUAUUCUUCUGUAUAUAGGGAUAAUCUUCUCUUAUGAGAGUUUUAUGUCUAUUUUAUGCUGGUCAUUGAUGGUAACAAUAAAGAUUUGUUUUUAUUCA